ACGCAAUCUCGCUCCACAACGCCCUCAUCCUUUGACUAUGCGAUAGUCCCUUUCUGGUUUAGGGGACUUUCUAGCCAAUUUUGACGAGCUUGAUAUUUUUGCGCGUAUUCUUUUCCGAGCCCUCUCGCUUCGUACCUCUUAUUGAAGGGUCACCUGGAUUUACGGCAUGCUUUACCCGCAGACAUAACACAGGGGCGCGUGCGGUUGACAAUGGUCAUUUCUAAUCCGUCCGGGGGCACUGGCUCGAGUUUGGCGCGGGCCGUCGUCAUUGUUACUGGUGUCUCGUCGCUGGUUGCCUCUCUCAUAUCGAUUUUAUCCAUUUGGCUUCAGGCAAAGAACUACCGGAAGCCCUUACACCAACGCUAUGUGGUUCGCAUUCUCUUGAUGGUUCCGAUAUACGCGGCGGCGUCUUGGGCCAGUAUUGUUUCAUCAGUCGCCGCUCAAGUGCUGGACCCCAUUCGUGACAUCUAUGAGGCUUUUACGAUCUACACGUUUUUCCAACUCCUCAUCAACUUUCUUGGCGGCGAAAGAUCCAUCAUCAUCUUGACCCAUGGUCGCCCUCCGGUAGAUCACACCUGGCCGCUAAACUAUUGCCUUCCCAAACUCGACAUCUCCGAUCCCCAGACCUUCUUGUCGGUGAAGCGCGGGAUCCUUCAGUAUGCCUGGCUGAAACCGAUCUUGGCCUUGGUAUCGAUCAUAAUGAAGGCCACCGGUACCUACCAAGAAGGCUACCUGGGAAUAUCUUCUGGGUAUCUCUGGACGGGGAUCGUGUAUAAUAUAAGCGUCACCGUCAGUCUCUAUUCGUUGGCCAACUUUUGGGUUUGCCUUCACAGCGACUUGGUGCCAUUCCGCCCCGUGCCCAAGUUUCUGGGCGUCAAACUUAUCAUUUUCGCCUCAUACUGGCAGGGGUUCUUCCUGUCGAUCCUCCAGUGGCUUGGGGCACUGUCCAACGGCGUUCCGGGAUACACCCCCGACAAUUUAGCGGCUGCCAUUCAAGAUGCUCUGAUCUGUUUCGAGAUGCCCAUCUUCGCAAUCGCACAUUGGCAUGCGUUUUCGUGGCAUGACUAUGCGGACCCCUCCGUCUCGGCGGCUCGGUUGCCCGUAGCAUACGCUCUGCGCGAUGCCUUUGGUGCCAGAGACUUGGUCGAAGACACGAAGAUGACCUUGCGCGGAGAGAACUAUGAGUAUCGGCUGUUCGACUCGGGUGAUCACAUUAUAGCACACGCUGAGUCUCGGUCGCGGGUAAGGCGUAUCCAGCAUGGCAUGCGAUAUGAACGUGGCGGGAAGGGAAAGUAUUGGAUUCCUAUGCCCGGAGAGGCCAACAGUCGAACACCAUUAUUGUCCGGUUCCUCCGACGGCGACCGACGAGGCAGCGCUGCAGAUCGAUACAAUUCGCCCAGUGAUGUGGAGGACUUCGGUCUGGACGAAGAGCAUGAGAGACUGUUCGCUCAGGCACGGGAACUCGAGUUCGGCGACUGGAAUUACCCUGUAAUCACCGCCCACGAGAUACCGAGGGAUCAACGUCUGCCGAGUUCUUCGAGCUACCAGGGGGACCAGCAGCCUGAAUUGGUCAAGAAGGCCCGCAAGCAUCGCAGAAGUCGUUCAUCGAAAGGACCCGAUUCCCGCCGCAGCAGUGGGAGUUCCCACGUCUCUCACGUCUCUCCGAAAAAGCACGAUGACGACCAUGAUGGCGAUGGCGAUGGCGAUGGCGAUGGCGAUGGCGAUGGCGAUGACGAUGACGAUGCAGGGGAACGGCCGGGCUCAGCCGGUUCUUCUGCCUCUCGGAGCUCGCGUAGCAGUCAACUCGUCGAUAUCGUAGUGGAGGACCGAGAAGCCGAAGCCGAGGAACGUAUCCAUGCCGAGCGAGCGUUUGGCUCCACACCAGCUGAACCCGACCAGCAGAAGCUCUUCCGGAGAGCCACUGGCAUGUCAGAGUCCGGGGACGAGCAGGAAGCCGACGCCCCGCGUAGUUCGACACAUCUAGCUGUUCCAAGAGAUGGAAACACCCACGACGGAAACACUCAAGCACGGAUAUGGACUUCAGGUGUCUUGGACGAGGAGAAUGUCUGGGGCCGGUAGAAGCCAUGCGUGCCUCAUCACACAUAGCCAAGCCUUUUGGCACCCCUGGCGGCACCCAUGUGCGACCGGGCCAAACUCCAAUCUUCACUCAAUAUGCGUGGUUAUUUCGGGAUGCAGCAUAACUUAUUAGCUUCAAAAUCCCCGGCGAGGGAGAUUUAUAAAUAGUAUGAAACGCCAGGUACUCGGUAGUCCGGUACGUCCGGAUAAAACGAGGAGCUCUGGGCAGCUAUCACACUUGGUCAAUGCAACACACAAAGGCCUGAAAUCAUCCAUCUCGGGGAUGGCCUACAUAGUUAUUGACAUCUCUCCACACGUACUUUGGGAGUCGACGGCAAGCACCCAAGCCAAUGCAG